AUGCCGAUGCCUGGAUCUCUGGUACCAAAGGAUGCUACAGCGCAGUCCGCAUCCUUUUUGCGCUGUUCAGGAGGGGAGGGCUCUCACCGGCAGCUCCUUUCUAAGCCGUCCUUCUUCGAGGUAGUCAAGCCACAUACUCCGUUAAUUAAGUUCCCAGACCGAAAAAGUAGUCCCAGACCUAAAAUACAGGAGUCUCCACAAGCAAGUGUGCCGUCUCUCUAUGCUUCAAAAGCAGAGGAGUCAGUAGGAGGCAGAUCACCGGCCUUUCAAACUGUUUCACCUGUUAGUAGAACACAAGGUACACCAGACACUUCUGAAUUAGCAAGAACCCUACCUAAGAAAUACAGAAGGAAACUUAUGUCAGAUGAAGAGAUUGAAUAUAUUCAACGUGGAGGUCCAGAAUAAGUAUGGAAGAUACUUCUUGGCCACUGUUGAAGAUUGAAGUAUUAGAUUCACAAUAAAGGCAUUUCCUUAAUAUUAAAAAUAAUGGUAUACUAAUAGCUUUAAUAAAAACUCGUGAAGGGUGAGAAAGUUGACACACCACACUAUCUGUUAAUUUGUGAUUGAGAAGAAUUUUCUGUUGAUGGCUAGCUAGCAAUUGAAUGUAUUUGAUGUCCACACCAUUAAAAUAUUUUUCUAAUUAGCC